AUGAGGCAUCUCCAAGCACGCCGUCCACGCACCGGCGUCCUAGCCGCCCAGGAAGGCUCCCUGGUCACGCUCUCCCCUGACUCGCACUACUUGGUCGCACCGCAACCGCUACCUGCUCUUCAACUAAGAGCUUACGCCGGCGAGGCAUCAAUAUUGAAACUAUCAGAACUCUGCCCUGCCACCGUUCUGCACCGGGAUGCGCCCGCCAACUUACAGUCCAAGAUUACUUCGUUUCGUCAUGACACGGAAUUCGAGCCCUGCUUUCUCGAAAUCGCUAUUAUCGCGUGCUCUGAGAAGGUACUUUCCGGCUUGGACGACGCGGUGAAGGGGCUCUUCGAUUGUGGAUGUAGAUCCGUAUUCGUCGUCCACGGCUUAGUACCCGAGGGCCCUUACUUUGUUCGGGGACAGAGCAUCUAUCGCACGUGGAGGCUGUUCCCAGACGUGUAUGAAGCGUUUCAACUGCCGACGCUUCAAGAUGACAAUUCAGAAAGUUUCACCGGCGUCUCGAUCAUGCGCGAAGGAAAGCUGAUGGUUCCUGUUCCGUCGAGGCUACAUUACCCUAGAACAGCUCAAAAACCGCUGAAUGGAGUCCGCGUAACUGUCAAGGACAUCAUCGACCUGAAAGGGGUCAAGACGACGGGUCAAUCUCGAUCUUAUGAAAAGCUCUACGGAUCCCGAGACGAAACAGCUGCCAUCAUCGCCAGGUUGACGGAGCUCGGCGCUAUCGUUAUCGGGAAGACGAAAUGCACGCAGUUUGCCUCCAGCGACCAGCCCACUGCCGACUGGGUCGACUAUCAUUGCCCCUGGAACCCCAGGGGCGAUGGCUAUCUGUCUCCUCGGGGGAGCAGCACGGGCACUUGCGUGGCGCUGGCCGGAUAUGAUUGGUGCGAUGUUGGCAUUGGCAUACGUGGCCCGGCAGCCGUUAUGGGCCUCUUCGCCCUGAGGCCGACGCAUACCCCUGAGCAUCUUCCCGGGAUCCUACCCGUUGCUGACGACUACUGGGACCAGUGGCCUCAGAAUGCUGCACGAACAGUCAUGGAAGGUGCCGUGGAGAGGCUCGAGGCAUAUCUCGGGGUGAAGAGGAUGGUAGUUAGCCUCGCCAAAAAAUGGCUUGAAGUCGACCCCUCAAGGAGCGGCUUGCCCUUGGACCAAUUCUUGCAGAACACGUUCAUGACACUUUUGUGGAGGGGCUACUACGCCAACUACCUACCGUUCCGCAAGGAAUACGAGGCGAGAUUCGGAAAUCCGCCUUACGUCCAUCCAGUCAUCCAAUCCUGUUGGAGACACGGAAAGGAGCUCUCCGCCGAGGAUGUGGCUAGAGCCCAUGAGCGUAAACGUAUCUAUGCCAAAUGGCUGCGAGAAUCCGUCUUUGGCGGUGAUGAUGAAUUCAACACCAUCAUGGUGUACCCCGUCGGGGACAUUAACCCAUUCUACCGUGAUGUGUAUCGGAAAGACCCCCUCGACGUAAAGCCAUCGUAUAGCUGGAACGAACGCGAAGACCAUCAAGCCAGCCUUGCUGGAAUCCCAAGCAUGGUUAUACCAGUCGGCCAGGUCUCGCAUCCAUCGAAGGUCACCGGUGGCGAACAAGACCUUCCAGUUGCCAUUUCCUUGAUGAGUGGGGCCGGGACCGACUCACAGCUUACGGGACUUCUCUAUGCCAUGACACGGAAUGACUUCUUCAGGGGCGAAGUACGUGUCGGUACACAUGCAUUCUAGGAAAGUGUCGAGGCGGGUGAACUCACAAAACGCUGGAUGCGACAUGUUCUUUUCUCGUUGUUAUUUUCUUUCUUUUUCUUUUCAUUCUUUCCACUAUGGAAUUCCCGUAUCAGGUUGGUAUCACUCGCCCCAAAUUCUGUUCUCUCGGUUUACACAGAUCGUGCGUUCCACUCACCGUCUCCUUACCAUGGUACGAGUUCACGACCAGGCCCCUUGGCGUACUCGGCAGGAUCCACCUGCUAGGUCUCUAGUUUUGUGCCGAUUGGUCAAUAUUCACCACCGGCACGGCUUCCGCCCUCGAUUUCAGCCUAAACCUUAACCCAGUCCAGCCUAGGCUAAACCCCCAACCCUUAUGUGUCCCGC